ACAAAAUACUCGGAGUGGUGAUGGGUUCCACUAGGUUCCAUUGUGGAUGCUUGGAAUUCCGUAAGUAUAUGAUGGUUUAGUAUGGUGCGCAGUUAACGAAGUUGUAAAAUUAUCCGGAAUUUAGCGUCUGGAUUUACGCAGUGCUCGAUAGAUUCUUAUUUCCGGCUGCUUAUUUUCGGAAUCUCGGGUUGGCCACAGGGAGAAAAUGCAGGGUUCACGAUGGACACAUCCAUCUAUAACCCGGAUGAGUUACAUUGUAAACAAAAAUAUACAGACAAUGACUUAGUAUUUCCACCGAAUCGUCGUCUGUCACCUUUUAUCAGUGUCGGACGGACGCUUUCGAAAAAAAAAAAGAGAAGCGACCAGCUUCGUUACAGGUGUCCCGCACGCACACGCUCUCGCGCGGCGGCCCACACGUCACACACAAUCGGACAUUAAAAAUAGGCGCGCACACAAUCCCGUUCCAAACACUCGGCUAGUUACCGACCGCACCUCGACGCGCGAUAUCCAUCCACGUGCCCGUUAUUAAUAGGCCGAUCGAAAUGUCGUACUACUCCGAGCUCAACGUCUACACCCCCACCAGCGGCUACAACGGCCUGCUCAGGGGUCCUUACGCCAAUCAUUCCUCCAUAGUCGCGUCCAACAUACUGCCGCCGAAGCAGUUCCACCGCGUGAACUUUCGCGGCUUCGCGCCUCACCUGACGACCAUCAGCGAGUCGAGAGGAAUCUCGCCCCUGAGACGCGUCGACUCGCCCAAAAUCGUUUACCGUCGAAGACCGGUGAAGAUCAACACCGCCGAUAUAGACGUCUCGGUGAACAAGUACCGGCAGUACGAGACCAAGCGGAGCCCGAAGAAAGCGUCGCCCGCGGAGGCCAAGCCGAGCGCGAUCAGGAGAGACAGGCCGACGGUACGGCUGCAGACGAUCCACAAAGACACGCUCGGCAGCUGGCGCGACAACUUCGAGCCGGACGAGCUCGUGACGGAAGCGAAGGUGAGGAAGAAAACGCCCGGCGAGCUCCUCAAAGAGAAGUUCCUGAUUCGGAGCAAGAGCAAGGAGAACGUCGCGCUGAAGAAGGCGCCCAGCUUCAAGGACAUCUGCGACGUGAUCGGCUCGGCCGUGCAGGACCUGAACCCCGGCCAGCCGAUAGACGUGCGUCGCAGGCAGAGCAGGCAGGUGUCUCACGACGACGUCCUCAGGGAGAUAAGGAGGACGUCGUCCGCGCUCUCCGCCGAGGACGUCGAGCUUUUGGACGCGCUCAUCGACGCGGAAAACGACCUGGUUCUGGGCGGGGAUUUCGAGCCGCCGCCCCCCGCGGGGUCGUACAAGCCUCGCAGAGACAGCUCGCUCACCGACAUGAUCAAAGAUAUCUCGCAGGUGGAGAUCGAAAUGAUACCGGCCAGAGCGAGGCCCGUCAUCAAGUCUUCGGUGGGCGACAUCGAAGAGAAAGUCAAGCCCAGUUUCAAGGCGGUCAUCGACGAAGUCAGCGAGGUGAAGAAGGAGAAACGGUUCAGGUUCAACGUGACUGUCGAGGAAAUUCCGGAACGGCCCGACAAGUCGAACUUGCUGGAGGGCGUGGUGCGCCUGCCUCAUCCCGAGCACCACGUGGUGACGAGCAUACUGAAGAAGAAAAGCGCGUCGAGCUCGGGAGAGACCAAGCACCCGAGACUCGUCAAGUGCAAGUCGGAAGAGGCGGUCAGCUACACGAUUACGACCAAAGUGAACCGCACCAAGAGCGCCGAGAACGUCAAGCUGACAAUCGUCUCCGUGGAGCAACUAAGCAAAGCGAGGGGCUCGUCGAACGUUCCCCCGACGUUCCCCAAACCGGAGAAGAAAGUGGAGAGUGGAGCGAAGAAGAUGGUGUCGAAACGUUCGCUCGUCAACAAGGCGACCAAGGAAGACCCGGACCUGGAGGUGUUCGAACCUCCGGAGUCGGAGCCCGCGGAAAAAGAGCCGUCGCCCGAGCCCGAGCCUUCGUUCGUGCCUCUGCAAAACAACCGGUUGUCCCGAUGGAUGCACCCUUUCAAGAAGCCCGAUCAGAAGGACGAGUGCGAGCUGGAGAUCUACGCGAAACCGAAGUUUAUCAGGGCGAGGCACAUCCCGCGCAGGUGGCAAAAGGAUCAGAGCGCGGAGAGCGAGGAUAGUGAGAGUGAAAGUAGUGAGGAGGACAGUGAGUGCGAGGAGGAGGAGCAGGAGGAAGACGGGAAGGAGAAGGCGUCGAGCAAGGUCGGCGCCAGCACGUCGUCAAACGAUUCGGGAUUCGAUUCGGGAAGGGUCAAGGACAAAGGUUCGGUGGACCACCGGGACGCGUCCGUGAAUCCGGCCUCGAACCCGGUGUUCGCGUUGGACCUAAACGAUCUCCCCGAAGAGGUUUCCCAGUCCAGUACCUACCAGAGCUUCCAGAGGAGCGGCCGCAUAACUCCGCCCGCGACCACGAUACCCCGCUUCAGGAAGUACUGCGUCGACGACUUCAACUUCCUCAAGGUGCUCGGCAAGGGCAGCUUCGGAAAAGUCCUGCUUGCCGAACUGAAGGGCACCGAGUACUACUACGCCGUCAAGUGUCUUAAAAAGGACGUCGUGUUGGAGGACGACGACGUGGAGUGCACGUUGAUCGAGAGGAAAGUGCUCGCGUUGGGCACCAAACACCCCUACCUGUGCCACUUGCUGUGCACCUUUCAAACGGAGUCCCACCUGUUCUUCGUAAUGGAAUACCUGAACGGCGGAGAUCUCAUGUUCCACAUUCAGGUGGAGAGAAGGUUUUCCGAGGUGAGGGCCCGAUUCUACGGCGCCGAAAUCGUUUCGGGGUUGAGGUUUCUGCACAACAAGGGCAUCGUCUACAGGGACCUGAAGCUGGACAACAUCCUGCUGGAUUUCGACGGACACGUGCGCAUCGCCGACUUCGGUAUGUGCAAGCUGCAGAUCUUCCUCGACAGGAUGGCGGACACAUUUUGCGGCACUCCGGAUUACAUGGCGCCGGAGAUCAUCAAAGGACAACACUACAACCAGUGCGUGGAUUGGUGGUCCUUCGGCGUGCUCCUCUACGAAAUGCUACUCGGUCAGUCGCCGUUCAGCGGCUGCGACGAAGACGAACUGUUCUGGUCGAUUUGCAACGAGAAACCGGUCAUUCCGAAAUUUCUGUCCGCCGAGGCGAGUUCGGUCCUGCUGCAGUUUUUAGAAAAGGACGCGAACAAGCGACUCGGCAACAGGUUCUCGCCGUACGGCGACAUCCAAGAUCAUCCGUUCUUCAAGUCCAUCGACUGGGCGGCCCUCGAGGCUAGAAAGUUGGAGCCGCCGUUCAAACCCAACUUGCAACACCCGUUGGACACCCAGUACUUCGACAAAACGUUCACGGUCGAAAAAGCGAAGCUCACGCCCAUAGAGACGACGAUCCUGCAGUCGAUGGACCAGAGACAGUUCCAAGGGUUCAGCUACACGAACCCGAACGCGACCGACAAAUGACGACGCGGUUCCGCGUGACGUAACAAGCAUGGUGGCCGCCGGGCCGGUGAUUAGACCUCAGGGUUGGGAACGCGGAGGGGAGAGGCGCCGUAGACGGGCAGAUUUCUUUUGAUAGUUUGAUAUAUUUCCUAGGCUAGGGCAUGUUAUAUAAAUAUAUAGGUUUAAGAUUUGUUCUCUUCCAUUUGUGUUACGUGUCAAUAAAAUAAAAUAAAACAUUGAAGUACAAAUUGAAAAAAGCGAAAAUAAAACGUUGGAAAUUA